GUUAUGGUUAUGAUUUGAAAAGAUCGAAUCUAAAUUCAAAUUCUUGGUUUAAUAUCAAUAAAAUACAACAAAUUUCUUUAAAGAAUGUAGAAGUUCUAAUAAUACCAAGACAACAACAAACCAAUAAUUUAGAAAAUGAUGAUGAAUUAAAAACUAGAAAAAUACGUAUAUAUCUAACUAAAGAGGAAAAACAGACAUUGAAAAGAUGGAUCAGCACAGCAAGAUGGAUAUACAAUAAAUGUUUAUCAUCUUUGGAUAAUAUCAAAGAUAUGAGAACUAAGAAGGAAAAAAUCCAAUAUAUGAGACAGAAACAUAUAGUUUCAAGUAAUUACAAAAAUACUGAAUUAUCAUAG